AUGGUUCACCCAAAGAGCAGUCGAGAUCGAAUCCCGCGACAACAGCCUCGGCCUGAAGCCUCUUCGUCGGAGGUUUCGUUCGCGAUUCACCACCUCGCAAAGGCGAGCAGAAGGGAGGAAAAAAAGCGGAUGCUCCAACGGCAGCUUCUUACCCUCGCCUACGACGCCGCACGGCGCGCGCUGGAGGCGACUUCGUUAUCGGAAAUCCCCCUGGAAAGGGGAAAAGUGGAGGAAAAUCGGGAAAAAAACGGUUUCAGCGCGCGCCCCGCCGCUGCAGCCGCCUUUGAAGAACCCUCCAGCGGGAACCUUUUUACGCAACUGUGGGCGCAAUACCUCCCCCGCCCUGAGAACGAAGCGGUGGAUCCCUUAAAUAACGUCAAACGUCGAAGCAAUUCGGAAGAAAAGGGGGAUUUGAUUGCAAACCGGAAAAUUUCCCUCGAGACGUGGCUUCGUCGUCUGUUUCUGCGGCCUCCGGGGGAAACCGCAGAGGUAUUCAUGGGGGAUUUAUCGGUGUUGCCCAGGGGUGUAGAUCAGUUGCGAUUGACGUACGCUGAAUGCGUUUUUUUAAACGAACAAAAUCAAAACGCCAAUCGUCGUGUGAACCUCUCGAAAGCAGGACUUUGGGGCGAUGAAAGCGGAUGUGAGCCGCGUUCGACAUGUGUUUUGGAUUACUUGUGA